CUUCUAUCAUCCAAUUUCACAUUUCAUCAUUUGCAGUGUAAAGAUUAGGAAGUAGAACGGGCCUUGUACUGCUUAUUACGUCGAUAAUUUAUUUUUAAUCUUAACAAUUCGGUGGAUGAAUGUGUAUGAUUCACAAUGAGACACCUGCAGGCUGUUCUAAUGGAUCGUCCGACUAGGUUUAAAUGGAUCGUUCUACUAAUGGAUAUAGGACAAAAGGUCCUCAACAGGGGUGUGUGGAAUGUCAGGGAUCUGAAAGAUGCCUAUCUUUUUUACUGCUGCUGGUUUUGUGAAUAAGAUUUUCCAUCCAAAUGUUGAUGAAAUAGUCUGGCAUAUGGUCCAGGACUGUGCUCUUGACAGUCCAGUGGGUGUAGGAAGAGAAGGUGGCGGUGGGAUGAUCCAUUUCUGUCUGUCAGAUAUCCCACCGGAGAUGUGCACCAAAUGUUUUGAGAAGCACUAUCCUGUUCUUUUCCGCAUCCACGAUUGAGUUAUGGGGCAUCAUGAGUACUGCUGUAAGAUGUUGCUAAUCGCUUUUUGGACCCUGGAUUUCAUGCACCGAAAUGUGAUGGCCUGUUCGCAGCACAGAAAUGACCGGACCAAGUAAAAGAGGCGGAGGCAGGGAGAUCUCACUUCUUUUCUAGCAUAUGAGGGCCGUUUCUAAUCAUUUCGUCUUUUUCAUUUUUUUCAGGAAAAGAAAUGAACAACGCUGCGAUUACACAAGAGUUUUACCAAUUGGGCCUAGAACUGGAAGAUGAGAUGCAAUUGCUUCAUGAACUGGGACAACACCCCCGGGACAUCCAUCCCUAUUCAGAGUUUGGGGGAUUUGAAACUGCAGAAGCGCAGGUUGCCUUCUUCGAAUGUGCGAACCGGGUGACGAGGAUAAGGAAUAGGAUGCGUGAGCUUCAUUGCCAAAUGGUGAUCAAUCGUCUUUAGACCCCUUUCUUUCCUUCUUUCAUCUUUUUUAAUUCGUUACCUUAAUUAGUUUGUUGGUUCAUAGUCUAAACCGAGGUUUAGACUAAAUUUACAUUCCACUUGAACGUGAUCCUGCGACAGUUUUGUUUAGCAUUCAAGUUCAAUACGAUUACAGAAAGUGAGUUUUUGUUAAAUACAAAAGUCUUGUUUUG